AUGGAUAGUGACACAAAUUCAGAAGACAUGAAUGAAGAAUAUAUACAACAAGUCAUAGCAGAAGAAAUGGAAAUUGAUGAACUUGUCCUUGUUGUUGCAAGAACAUCAGUAUAUUAUCAUAAUAAUUUUUUGGUUAAGGAACCAUGUAGAAAUUCACCUCACACUGGCUGGAAAUUUAUGAUGGAAAUUAUGGAUGGAAAUGGUCGACGAUGUCAUGAGAUGUUUCGAAUGGAAAAACAUGUUUUUUGUAAACUGUGUGAUAGAUUGAGAAGUUAUGGACUAAAAUCUAGUAAAGGUGUGAGACUAGAAGAGUCAGUUGGUAUGUUUAUGAUGAUUUUAGGACAUGGUGCAGGAAAUAGAAUGAUUCAAGAGCAUUUUCAGCAUUCAGGUGAAACUGAUUGUAUUGGAGCAAUAGACGGAACACAUGUUCGAGUUUCACUUCCAGUAGAUAAACAAAUACCAUACAUUGGAAGAAAGGGUUGUCCUACACAAAAUAUUAUGGCUGUAUGUGGAUUUGAUAUGUUAUUCACAUUUGUAUGGGCGAGUUGGGAAGGAACAGCACAUGAUACUCGUAUAUUUCUUGAAGCAUUAAGAAAUACACAUCUUAAUUUUCCUAAACCACCCAAUGGUAAGUAUUACUUAGUUGAUGCAGGGUAUCCAAAUAUAAAAGGUUAUUUAGCUCCAUAUAAAGGGACAAGAUACCAUCUUCCUCAAUUUCAACAAGGUAGUCAACGUAGUGGCUCUAAAGAAGUAUUUAACCACGCUCAUUCAUCAUUACGCAGUGUUAUUGAACGCUGUUUUGGUGUAUGGAAAGCACGAUGGGAAAUUUUGCAACGAAUGCCAAAUUAUAAGUUUGAUAAACAAGUAGCUAUUGUUACAGCUUCAAUGGCUUUACAUAAUUUUAUCAGGAGAGAGACCAUUAAUGACAUAGAGUUCCCAUCUUGUGAUGAAACAAAUGAUGAUUUUGUAAAUGACGAUGACCCAAAUAUUAACUUAGUAAGAGAUGAGAGUGAAAUGAGAGUUAUUCGUGAUAAAAUCGCAGCUGAACUCAUGCUUAAAUAA